ACAGAUGUUGUUUGUGUGAUAUCAUUUUAAGAAAUUUAGCUAAUUUUCAGUUUUUUCCUCCUUAAAAACUAAUUUAAUUAAAUUCAAAAGAAGAAAAAUGUUGGAAUUUUGUCAGAAAAAACACAUGUUACUUGGACUUGGCCUUUUGGUUACCACAACAGUUGUAGUGCUAAUACUGGAAUCCCGUUUGGCCACUGCCGGACCAAUGCGUCGCGGUAAAUCUCAACAAUUUAUUAUAGAGAAUAAUUCAACCUGCUGGAAACGUGAGGAGUACACUGUGAUACAAGAAUGUCAUAAAUGUUCCGACUUUGAUAUUGUGAGUCGAAGUCUUGGUGUCUGCAUACACACCAAAUACAAGGAGGUACUAAGAUGUAAGAGCGGUGAAAUAGUUACCAAAAGUUGUGAUCGGGUGGCGUUGAUUGAUCAAAAACAUUUCAUACAAUUUGAAGUCUGGUGUUUUGUCAUUGGCAUCAUUAGCUAUUUAAUAUCCUAUGCUCGGGAUCGUGUCCUAUCGAGGAGAACUCAUCAAAAGCUGGAAAGGCAAUUAAAUCGUGUAACAUAGAAGGCGAAUCGACCUUAAAGGCGAAUUUUAGAUUACUUUUAAAAUAAACUUAAUUAUAAUCAACGACUAUUUUAAUUUGUGAAUUUGAUGAAAUGCCUAUAUUUAUUGCUUGUAUUUAUAAACAUCAAUUUGUGUAAGGAAAACUCACCAUCAAAAAUCGAGAUUUUCCACAAAUUGUGAAUUUAUUUAAAACUAUUACAGUGUUAGGUAAAAUUGGCAUUUUAAAAUUAAAUCUAAUAAAAAAUCAAAGCUUCUGCAAAGAA